AUGAAACUUAUAGUAUGUAACGAACUUCAAAGUAUAGAUACAACAAAAGUUUUGAACUCAGAUGCUUUGAAGAGUCUUAUAACAGACAAAGUUGGAGUUGUUGAAAGAAAAUAUAAAGACCAAAGAGUUUGUGAAAAUGUUGCAAACUUCGUCAUGGUUUCAAACAAUGCUGUUCCGAUGAAGUUAGAAAGUUCUGACAGAAGAUAUGUAGUUGUCAGAACGUCAGAUUCUCAUAUGCAAGAUACAGAAUAUUUUGACGACUUAGCAGAAACUUUGACAUCUGACUUUUACAACCACUUGUUCUCAUAUUUUAUGACAUUAGAUAUUUCUAAGUUCAAUCCAAGACAAAUUCCACAUACCGAAGAAAGACAAACAUUGUUAGAAGCAAACAAGAGUGUAUAUGAACUGUUUAUAGAUGAAAACGACUUUGAGUGUUUAGAUGAAAGGUCGUUGUACGAUGAAUAUAAACAAUAUUGUCAAGAGUAUGGUUAUAUGACAGCGUCUAAACGAACAUUCUUGGCAAAUGUCAAAAAUCUUUUAGAUGUUCAGAAUGGUGUAUAUACAAAGAAAAAUUUUUCUGAGUAA